AUUUUUUUCAUUCGGGUAGAAUCCCACGUAGACCACCGUUGACAGGGAGUGAAAUCUGGCAUUCUCUCUUUCCAAGUUUUUGACUCACAAACAAGAGCAACGAACCCUUCACCCACAAGCUAUCAGCGUGUUUCUCGGGUUCGAGAUUCGCCGCUUCAGACGCUGCUUUUAAUCAUUUAUAUAUGUAUUCUUUGUUUCUGAGCUGCGGAAGUUGAAUGAGUGGGAAAAGCUCCAGCCUUCAGAUCCAAGGAUUUCAGUUUGUCCCUUUCCACCUUUAAGUGCUAGGUCUUACUUGCUGAUUGCAACUUAGUUAAGAACUUACAAUGUCAAGAAGACCAACUACAUCGCAUCGUCUGGAAGAUCCAGUGAGCAUACCAUUUGUCAGCUCACUGCAUCCAAAAUCACGCCUUUCUCCUUUUUUGUACAUAGGACUUCCGGCUGUGGGUGCACUGCUGAUUAUAGGUUUCUUAUAUCAUGGUUCAGGUGGAAGAAGUGGGCCUGAAGAUUUUAAUAGGCUCGAAGGUGGAGUUUCAUGCACUUUAGAGUUUCAAAGAGCAUACCCCAUACUAAAAAAAGUAUAUGGAGAAAGCAUAAAGAAAGUACUGCAUGUGGGCCCCGACACAUGUACAGUGGUGUCAAAAUUAUUGAAAGAGGAGGGUACUGAAGCAUGGGGCAUUGAACCGUAUGACUUGGAAGACACUGAUUCCAAUUGCAAGAGUCUAGUCAGCAAAGGCAUUGUACGUGCUGCUGACAUCAAAUUUCCGCUCCCUUAUCGUGCCAAGUCAUUCCCCCUAGUCAUUGUCUCAGAUGCUGUAGAUUACUUCUCUCCAAAAUAUAUUAAUAAGACCCUUCUUGAGUUGGCUAGGGUGGCUGCUGAUGGUUUAGUUGUCUUGUCUGGAAGUCCAGGUCAGCGAAAAACGAAAGUAGCAGAGAUGUCAAAAUUUGGACGACCCGCCAAAUUCCGGAGCUCUUCAUGGUGGAUAAGGUUCUUUGUACAGGCCAAUCUAGAAGAGAAUGAAGCUGCAACUAAGAAGUUUGAGCAAGCAGGGGCAAAACUGUCGUAUGUACCAGCAUGCCAAGUAUUCCACCUUAAACCAUUACAUUGAUACUGUCAGUGUGCCCUAUGAAUUACACAAAUGUGUCUACUGAUCAAGUGCCAACGGAAUUCUUAGCCGAUCCACCCCCAUUGGCCAUUGUAAUGGUAUCCUGCAAGGUUAACUAGCUUUUUUUGGGUGCUAUUUCUUCCCAUAUUUUUGCAUUACAUGCUCCUUCAGUAUGCUUAGACAAUACGUUGUAUUUGAUAAACCGUAAGAUAAUUUAUGAUACUCUUUGUAUGUUGUAUAACAUUGGCCUCAAGUUAUGUACUUCAAUUUAUGUUCAUCAUUACCUGAAAAACUUUACUCCUGCAUUCAGGGGC